AGCUCGGAGCGCCGCAGCCCCGCCCGCUGCGGAUCCGCUCGAUCGCUCUCCCGGUGUGUGAGUCGGCGGCGGAACAGUCUGCGGUCGUUCCCGCGGUGCCGAGACGUGCUGAAGGGAGUCGGAAGAGCCUGGCAGAAGCGCUCGGGAGCGAAGCGCCGGAGCUGCAGCGUGAGGCCAGAUCGGUGAGCGGCGGCGGAGACCUCCCGGCAGUGUUGCGGUGCUGCGGCCGAGAUGUGCGCGGCGGGGAGGCGCUGGGGCCGGCGGCAGCGAGCUCUGCUCUGGGCCGUGCUGCUGGCAGCGUGGGAGGCGGCGUGGGGGCAGCUGCGCUACUCCGUGCCCGAGGAGAUGCCCAAGGGCUCGUUCGUGGGUGACGUGGCCAAAGACCUGGGACUGCAGCUGCCGGAGAUCAGCGAUCGUGGAAUCCGAGUGGUCUCCGAGGGUAGAACACAGUAUUUCUCUUUACAGAAGAAGACGGGACAUUUAGUGACAGCACAAAAAAUCGACAGAGAGCAGCUGUGCCAGAGGGUGCAGAAAUGCGUGCUGCGCUGUGAACUGAUAGUGGAAAGGCAAAUGAAAGUCUACGAAAUAGAAGUAGAAAUCACAGAUAUAAACGACAACGCACCCAACUUCAAAGAAGCAGAAACAGAGCUGAGAAUGAGCGAGACAACAACCCCGGGGGCAAGGUUUCCACUGACAAAAGCUCACGACCCAGACACGGCCCGGAAUUCCCUGCAGAGCUACGAGCUGAGCGGCGACGAGCACUUCUCGCUGGCCGUGCAGGCGGGCCCCGGCGGCGAUCAGCGUCCCGAGCUGGUGCUGGCGAAGGCGCUGGACCGGGAGGAGGCGGCGUUUCACGAGCUGGUGCUGAGGGCGAUGGACGGCGGUGAUCCGGCACGGACGGGCACGGCUCGGAUCCGCGUGACGGUGCUGGACGCGAACGACAACGCGCCCGUGUUCAGCCAGGCGGAGUACACGGUGCGUGUGCCCGAGGAUGUGCCCGUGGGUUCUGUCCUCGUCACCGUCACGGCCACAGACGAUGACGACGGGUUAUACGGGCUCGUGAAGUACUCUAUGAAGAAAGCGACCGACAUGCAAUCGGAUAUUUUCCAUCUGGAUACUGAAACUGGAGCGCUCAAACUAUCGAGGAUCCUGGAUUUUGAGGAAGGAGUUUCGUACGAACUGGAGGUGCAGGCCCAUGAUAGUGGAGCUCUUUUUGACACUGCAAAAGUCACAAUCACCGUAACUGAUGUGAAUGACAAUGCGCCCGAAAUAAGUGUAUCAUCAAAGCUGAAAGAGAUCCCGGAGGAUGCCCCUCCGGAAACUGUUGUUGCCCUGCUACGUGUGCAGGACCGCGACUCGGGAGCAAACGGUGAUGUGCGCUGCUUGCUCCAAGGGGAUGUCCCGUUCCGCCUAGAGAAGUCUUAUGAUGACUACUACCGUGUGGUGACAGCGAGAGAGCUGGACCGAGAGCAGGUGUCAGAGUACAACGUGACGGUGCGAGCGGCCGACGGCGGGUCGCCGGCGCUGCAGAGCAGCGCGGUGCUGGCGCUGCGGGUGCUGGACGUGAACGACAACGCGCCGGUGUUCGCGGAGGAGCGCUACAGCGCGCGGCUGGCGGAGAACAACGCGGCGGGCGCGCUGGUGCUGAGGGUGCGCGCCACGGACGCGGACUGGGGGCAGAACGCGCGCGUGCGCUACCGGCUGGCGGAGGGGCGGGUGCGGGGCGCGCCGCUGUCGUCGUUCGUGUCGGUGCAGGCGGAGACGGGCGCGCUGUACGCGCUGCGCUCCUUCGACUACGAGCAGCUGCGCGAGCUGCAGCUGUGGGUGCGUGCGGAGGACGGCGGCGCGCCGGCGCUGGGCAGCAACGUGUCGAGCCAGCUGCGCUUCUCGGCCGGCAGCUGCUGCGACACCCUCCCGGCCCGGCCGCCGCCCGACGAGCCCGCGCCGCUGCUCGGGGACCAGGAUCCUGCCAGCGCCCUCCCCAUGGAUCCCACGGCACCCUCGUGUGAGGUGGAGGAAGGCUCCACGCGCUGGUUUCAGAUUCAAUCUGAACGUACAUAUAUUGGCGUAGAUGUUGGCUAG